AUGGAUAAUUUAAACUCGUGUAGUUGUCAAUCCGCAGAAGAAGAAGAUAUGGCUAAUUGUCUAAUGAUGCUAUCUAACUCAACUGCUGAUGAUCAGUCUAGCGAAUCUGCAACUAGUAAAGAAGAACAGGAGAUCAGAAGAGUAAAGUUCAAGUCUUCUCUUAACAGCUCAGCACCCAUUUUAGAGAAGAAGAAGAAGUUUAGUGAUUGGAUCAGCAAAGGAAUGUUUGAGUGCAAAGCUUGCAAGAAAACGUUUAGUUCCCAUCAAGCUCUGGGCGGACAUAGGGCGAGUCACAAGAAGGUCAAAGGGUGUUUCGCUGCUAGGGUUCAUCAAGUUGAUAGGUUAGCUGAUCAGGAACGUCAUGAUGUGAUGCGGAGUUUUGAUCAGGGGACGAGUAGUAAUAUUACUACUGCUACUAUUACUAUUACAUCAUCUACAUUGAAUAAAAAGAAGUCAAAAAUGUCACUGGAUCAUGUCGAAUUCACUGGAAAUUCAUACAUGUCUAAGUUGUAUCCAUUUGAUCGACAUGAUGAGGUGGAUAAGAUGCAGCAGAGAGCAGCCAACUUGGUUGCAAACUCUGAGCCGCUGGAUCUCAAUUUUCCUGCUCUAGCUGAUCAAAAUCCUGUUUCACUCAGAAGGGAAGUAGCAGAGCAGUUAGUAAAUAAUAUUCCUUCACAUUUUGGAGUAUCAACACAACUGUUCUUACAGUCUGGGAUAGGAGUUGGUGAGAGGAAAAUGGAGAAUGAUAACAACAUUGAUGGUAAUAAUUACAGUGAUCUUAACAACUACAUUGAUGGUGAAGCAGAAAGUAGGGUGAAGUUAGGGAUGCUAAGUGAAGCAAAGGACGUGAGUAGUGGUAGUUCAUCUUCAUGGUUACAAGUGGGGAUUGGUUCACCUACUGAUAUGGUUGUCGAAUUUUUAAGUCAUUUACAUUGA